ACGUAACAGGAAGACGGUUUUGCCCUUGAGUGUUAACGUUGAAACCGCAUUAUCUCGAAUUAAUCUUGUAACAACUUAACUUUAAUUUUUCUUAAGACGUCUAUUCGAUCUGGUUACCGAAUCGCUAUCUAUUUUGCCGAAGAAUCUUUGUUCAAUAAAGUGGCAAUUGUACGAAAAGAAUAAAGAAAGAAAGAAAGAAAGAAAGAACGAUUGGACUUACAGCACGUCGAAAAAGGAAAGCCAUGGUGAUUCGCGACUGGAAGACCUCGGGAGUUGCACCUUAAGAUCGCAGAAACGCGCAAGCGUGUACGUUUGCCAAGCAAUCGAGAGAGACAGAAAAGAGUAGAAGAACUACGAUACAAAUGAGGAAGAGAGAGAUACCUGGAGAACCAGUGCAGCCUCGUAGUCUAUCUCUCUCUUUCUCGUUUUCUCUUUCUCUCUCUUCUCUUCUCUCUCUGGCUAUUCGUAACGAGAUAAGGACUCGAAGUGGACGCAUGGUUUGUUGGAAGAACGAAAACGAAUCCUCCAUUCGCGAGGAAUCGUUUGGCGAUUGCUUCGAAAGGAUAUUCGAUUCCCGGUACAAGAUAACUCGAAGCGGAAACCGAGAUAAAUCGAAAGACGUAGAAUGUAAACGGAGAAUGCUCGUUCUUGGUAAAUUUCCUUUCGGCCCGGUGUAAUUCAAGAAAGUAUAAAGUAACGUAAGUGUGUAAAAUAGAUAGAAGGAGAAAUUGCCAAUAUAUACACAUGAGAUCAAGGUAUUUGAAGAAAAAGUCACGAAGACGCGUCGAGGAUACGGCAAAGGGAUAAAAAGUGAACAAUGAACACGACGACGAUCGUUUGAGUGGAGAAGAAGGGCCGGACUCAUGAGACCACUGUCCUUUGAGAACUUGAGGAGGCUCGUCGGCCGCAAGAAGGACCGUAACGAGCCAUCCUUCAAGCGCAGCGAGUCCUUCAAAAGGAUAUCGAUAAGAAAAAGUUAUCUAGAUCGGGGCAAGCGACGUAACAAGCUUCAGAAGAGCUUGGAGCCGUCGACUGUUGCGCCCUCUAUCGAUACAAAGUUAGACGAAAAAUCUAUCGAGAAGCAGACGAUAAUAAACGAACAGAAACCGAAGAAACUUCAAGACGAUACUUUAAGUCGCGAGUCGAUCAGUUACGACGAAUGGUUGCAAGGUGUCAGUUCGUCCUCGCGCGAGAAAUUGGACGAGGUGCAUCGAGAACAACAACAGAACAAACAAAAUAAACAGCAUAACAUUUUAGGAAAGAACAAUAUUCCGAAAUUUCAAAAACAGAUCGAGGCCGAUCACGUGGCUGAAGAUUUAAAAGUUCUCGAUUUAGAUGCAUCGCCGGUAUUAGCUUCCAAGCCUUUCAGAAUAUCGAACGAGACGAUUCAAGAAAAAAACAAUCAUCAAGAUAUCCUGCAGGUUCAGGAACCAUUUAUCGAAGGGCCUCCUAGCGUCAGUAUUAAUCUUGGUAGAAUAUGGAGAGAUGCGGUACCUAUGCCCUUCCCUUCAUCCUCGGGACCAUCUAUACACCACUCUUUGGAUAGUGCGCUCAAAGAGAGGAAACCUCAGCCUACUGUGGCGCGGACAGUUUCCGCUCCUGAGAAAAGUGUCACUGGAAAAGAUAUCACAUCUGCAUUCGGCUUUUCCUUGAGAAUCGCCAAGUUGGCUGAUUUUCGUGCAGGGGGUACGAGAAACGGUUUCUUCAACCGAAGAACGAAGAAACCAUCGCCCAGCGUAAGCGCGGAGGGUUACUUCAAGCGAACGAACGCCUCGAGGCGAUCCAGUUCACGACGCCGUGGAAAGCGGACGUCUCAGAGGGUAAAGAAAUCUCAACCUCAACCUCAGCCCGUGGCGCGUUCGAACAGUCCGGUGUGGUUCGUCCCGCCGGAAAGGCGUAGAUCGAAACGUCAAAGGCGAGUCUGGCGAGAGAUAAGAUACUUUCCCGAGGCUGAAAUUCCUGUAAUCGAGAGAAUCGACGAUUAUUCGUCGAAUUUGUCGGACGACCAAUUCGACGACCUGAAGUUGUUGCUUUCGGGGGAUUUUAACGACAGACGAGAAGGAGGUUUGAACUCGUUGGUCUCGUCCUCGUUAGGUUCCUUUAGCGCGACGUCCUCCUCGUCGUCGGCUUGUCGGGCACCAAAGAUUAGCGAUUUUAACGAAGACAAACUAUUCUCUGAGGAGCUACGAACUAGUGGGGUCCUCGCGCGAAGAACGAUAUGGCGACCCAUGACUUCGAAUUACUUUGCCAGCAACCAGUUUCUCAGCUUUCUAUCGAAGGGCUCGAGCAAUCUCAUUGGCAAAGAGAAGACGAGAAUAGAUUCAUCGUUGUACUACAGAUGUCUCUCGUCUACCGACAGCGAAACCGAGGACGAAACGACCAAUCAUCUCGAACGAAGGAAGAGCACUCACGCGAUGCAUAGGCAGCAACACUUAAAGAGGCAAAGGUCGGGGCUUAGGAGAAGACCUCUCAGGCGAAAAUCUCAACUUCGAAAGGCCUCCGGCCAGCCAGUCUUUCUCGUGCGAAAAUGUUCGUCCUUGAGGAAAAGACCCAGGGAUAUUACGCAAAAGGGCUAUGAGAAGAAACGGACACGUCUAUUACAACAGUAUGCCUCAAAGCAACUGGGAGGCCGGCUAGUACCUGGAGGAAUCGCCAGUCCCCCGGGAUCUGGCGGCUCCACCGGAAACACCGGGAAUUCGAACUCGGCGGCUGCGAGACGCGGCAAUCGCAGACUCACGCGCAAUGAGAGCCGCUAUCAUUCCGAGGUGCGCCAGGAGGCGGUGCAACAAGCUUUGGCAGCAAUGCAGGGUCGUCCGAAACCAUCUUUACCGAUGCCAUCAAAAAGAACCUCCGUGAUGGCCAGAAGUCCCGACAGAGAGCGCCGCGAUAGUGGAGAAUCGAGUAGCGACGAAGAUAGCGUUGUUACCGAAGAAAGUCCUGGUGCUGGUGGUCCAACGGGCACAGGACUGUCGGAUACCAGCAGCACCGGUUCGGCGCGGGACACGCCUCCGCCUCCGAGACCACCGGCUAGGAGACCUCCUGGUGCGGACAUUACCGACAUCGCGGAAUACACGCCCCAUGCGUACUGUAACAUCCAGCCUCCGGACGUGACACACACAAGCAACACACCGGCCGCACAACAGUCGGCCAGGCGACCGGGCGCCGACCGUGUCAAUCGUUACCAUGUCGUCGAGGAUCAGAACAACACCGGGACUACCGGGCGUUGGAAAGUAUCAGCGAAAAUUCAACAAUUGCUCAAUACAUUGAAACGACCGAAACGUCGUCCCUUGCCCGAAUUCUACGAGGACGAUGACAUCGAGCUCGAAAUCGCGGCCAAUCCCAAAGAUCCGAACGCCCCGAAACCCGAGGGCGGUUCUAUGACCUCCGCGGUCGGUGAACCAGUAUCGGUCGCUGCGGGCCUGCCGAGGUCACUCGAGGUCGCCAUACAGAGGUAUGGUUCGGCAUCAUACAAAGCACCAGUGGCGACCGUUCUUGAUCCAAAUGGCAAGCUUUGCGUAACAUUGACCUAUGGAAAACUUCUAAGUCGUUCUCACAAAAUAGCCUACACACUGUUAAACAAGGCUCUAAGUCGUGGCGGUGAUUGUUGUUUAAAACCUGGUGAUCGAAUUGCCUUGGUUUAUCCAAACAACGAUCCAAUAAGCUUCAUGUGCGCCUUCUAUGGUUGCCUUCAAGCUGGUAUUGUACCUGUGCCCAUCGAAGUUCCCCUAACUCGUCGAGACGCAGGUUCCCAGCAAAUCGGUUUCCUCUUGGGCAGCUGUGGAAUUCAGGUGGCAUUAACCAGCGAAGCUUGUCUGAAAGGUCUGCCAAAGACGGCUGCAGGCGAGGUAGUAGCAUUCAAAGGUUGGCCAAAGCUUCAUUGGUUUGUCACAGAGCAUUUGGGCAAAACGCCGAAGGAUUGGCUACCACCACCUCGGUUAACCGACGACACACCGGCGUAUAUAGAGUAUACCACGGACAAAGAUGGGUCGGUGAUGGGAGUGACAGUGACAAGAUCGGCGAUGCUGGCACAUUGUCGAGCUCUGACGCAAGCCUGUGGCUAUACGGAAGGGGAGAACGCCGUGUGCGUUUUGGACUUCAAACGAGAGGUUGGUCUGUGGCAUAGCACCCUCACCAGCGUCCUGAACGGGAUGCACGUGAUUUUUAUCCCAUAUGCUCUGAUGAAAGUAAAUCCUGCGAGUUGGAUGCAAAUGAUCACGAAGCAUCGUGCUAGCGUAGCUGUGGUCAAGUCUCGAGACCUUCACUGGGGUCUUUUAGCCACUAAAGAUCAUAAGGAUAUCUCGUUGUCAUCACUGAGGCUGUUGCUGGUUGCCGAUGGUGCUAAUCCCUGGUCUCUUUCCUCGUGUGACCAAUUUCUCUCAGUUUUCCAGUCUAAAGGCUUGCGACCAGAUGCUGUCUGCCCUUGUGCAUCUUCCAGCGAAGCUCUAACAGUAUCGGUCAGGAGACCAGGCCGAGCUGGAGUAAACGCUACUGGACGUGGUGUGCUCUCUAUGUCUGGAUUGAGUUACGGUGUUGUUAGAGUAGAUCAAGAGAAUUCUCUUACCUCUUUGACUCUUCAAGAUUGCGGCCAAGUCAUGCCUGGAAGUAUCGUAGUGGUAAUCAAAAUGGAAGGACAGCCAUUCAUCUGCAAAACGGACGAAGUUGGCGAGAUAUGCGUGCAUAGUUCAGCAACCGGAAACCAAUAUUGGGGAUUACAAGGAUUGACAAAUAACACGUUCAAAGUUUCCCCUCUUCAAGCCGAUGGAAGUCCGCUUGGCGAUGUGGAAUACACUCGUUCUGGUUUAUUGGGUUUCCUGGGUCCUGGUGGUCUUGUGUUCGUUUGCGGGUCGCGCGAUGGUCUUAUGACUGUCACCGGAAGGAAGCAUAACGCCGACGAUAUUAUCGCUACAGUGUUGGCCGUCGAACCCAUGAAAUUUAUUUAUCGCGGAAGAAUAGCUGUUUUCAGUGUACGUGUCCUGAGAGAUGAACGAAUAUGCGUCGUCGCGGAACAACGACCCGAUUGCAGCGAAGAGGAAAGUUUCCAAUGGAUGUCUCGUGUCCUUCAAGCGGUAGAUUCCAUUCACGCGGUUGGAAUAUAUUGUUUGGCAUUGGUCCCGCCAAAUUAUCUUCCGAAAACACCGCUAGGUGGCAUUCAUCUGUCGGAAACGAAGCGACGUUUCUUAGAGGGUACUCUACAUCCGGCUAAUGUUCUUCUUUGUCCGCACACUUGCGUUACCAAUCUACCGAAACCACGCGAAGUCCAUUCAGCGGGGGAUUCUGUUGCAGACGUUGGUCCGGCCAGUGUCAUGGUGGGCAACAUUGUUCAGGGUAAUAGACUGGCAUCAGCUCAAGGACGAGAUAUGGGUGUUUUAGAUGAGGACAGUGAUAAUGCUAAAAAGUAUCAAUUCAUUUCGGAAAUACUGCGAUGGCGUGCUGUCAGUACUUCUGAUCAUGUAAUCUUCACGUCAUUAAAUGCAAAAGGAGCUGUAGCAACUUCUUUAUCAUGCUCGCAGUUGCACAAAAAAGCCGAACGAAUCGGAAAUCUGUUGUUAGAUCGUGGAAGAAUCAAUACCGGAGACCACGUAGCAUUAAUAUUUCCUCCUGGUACAGACUUGAUAUGCGCAUUUUAUGGUUGCCUUUAUGUUGGCGCCGUGCCAGUUACAAUUAGGCCACCUCAUCCACAAAACCUCCAAACUACUUUACCAACUGUUCGUAUGAUUGUGGACGUCAGUAAGUCUGUGCUCGUGCUCACGAAUCAAAAUAUCCUGAAACUAUUGAAAACAAAGGAAGCGAACAAUGUUGUUGACAUUAAGAGUUGGCCAACAAUCCUCGAUAUGGACGACAUGCCAAAGAAGAAGUUACCUGUUAUGUAUCGAGCACCCACAGCAGAGAUGCUGGCUUACUUAGAUUUCAGCGUCUCUACAACAGGAAUGCUUGCAGGAAUUAAAAUGUCUCAUGCAGCAGUGACGUCUCUUUGUCGUGCCAUGAAACUUGCCUGUGAAUUGUAUCCAUCCAGGCAUAUCGCUCUGUGUUUAGAUCCUUAUUCUGGAUUAGGAUUCGCCCUUUGGUGUUUGAGUAGUAUAUAUAGUGGUCAUCAUUCCAUACUUAUACCACCAUCGGAGGUUGAAGUUAAUCCAGCCUUGUGGUUAUCAGCAGUUAGUCAAUCCAGAGUAAGAGAUACGUUUUGUUCUUACGGUGUAAUGGAGUUAUGUACCAAGGGUCUCGGUUCUUCUGUUCAUGCUUUAAAAGCAAGAGGUGUUAGUUUGGCCUGCGUCAGAACGUGUGUUGUCGUAGCUGAAGAAAGACCGCGAAUCGCACUUACUACGAGCUUCAGUAAACUUUUCUCUGCUCUGGGUUUAAGUCCACGUGCUGUCUCUACCUCUUUUGGAUGUAGAGUAAAUACAGCUAUUUGCUUACAGGGUGCAUCGAGUCCAGAACCUUCUACAGUAUACGUUGAUCUCCGCGCAUUGCGCAAUGACCGAGUAUCUCUAGUUGAAAGAGGUAGUCCACAUUCUUUAUGCCUGAUGGAAUCAGGUAAAUUAUUACCAGGAGUGAAAGUGAUUAUUGCCAAUCCAGAAACGAAAGGACAAUGCGGAGAUUCUCAUUUAGGAGAAAUUUGGGUGCAAUCUGCUCAUAAUGCCAGUGGCUAUUUCACGAUAUAUGGUGACGAGAGCGAUUACGCUGAUCACUUCAAUGCCCGUCUCGUAACUGGGAAUACAAAUGAAGUUUAUGCCAGAACUGGUUAUCUUGGUUUCUUAAGACGUACUGAAAGCGUUCAGCAAUCGGUUAUCAGUGAUAUUCCCGGUGAUACUUCUGCCGAAGCGGAUCUUGUUCCUGGCGAUUCUGAAUUACAUGAUGCUGUGUUCGUAGUUGGUGCCCUCGAUGAGGCCAUUCUACUCAGAGGAAUGCGAUAUCAUCCGAUCGAUAUUGAGAAUAGCGUGAUGAGAUGUCAUAAGAAAAUAGCAGAAUGUGCCGUAUUUACAUGGACCAACCUCCUAGUAGUAGUGGUGGAACUUGACGGAAGUGAAAGCGAAGCUUUAGAUCUCGUGGCAUUGGUUACCAGCGCUGUUCUAGAAGAACAUCAUCUGGUAGUCGGUGUAGUAGUCGUGGUGGAUCCUGGAGUAGUUCCAAUAAAUUCGCGUGGUGAGAAGCAACGAAUGCACUUGCGUGAUGGUUUUCUAGCGGACCAACUCGAUCCAAUCUAUGUGGCAUAUAAUAUGUGAGCAGAAAACACAGAAAAUGCAUUAUCUACUGAACAAAAAAAGACUGGUAUCGUAGUUUCCAGUCAUGUUUUUAUUCCCAUGUCGACACGUAGAUACUCCCGAUUCGAAAUCAUAAGCUGCAUUUCAAAUUUUUAUUUUUUCUCAUGGAAGUCGACUUUCCUAUGGAGAAACUGGAAUAUAUUACAAGGACUCAACGUAUUUUUAAAGCGAACGUCGUCCCUAAACAAUUUAUAUUCUUCUUUUGUAAGAAGAACGCGUAUAUUUAAAUUUUUUAUCUCGUUAAUAUGUUAAAGAAGAGUAAGAAAGUUUGUAAUACUUCGAAAUUUUCACUCGGUUAUCACCAGUCCUUAUCAUUAGUAACAGAAAGUAUUUCUUUCUGUGUUAGAAAUAAUCAUUAUAUGAACAACUAUUAGAUAUAUAAUUUUAUAUAUAAUUGAGAAACAGGGACGAUAUAAAAAAACCGCUUUAUAUAUUCUGACAAACAAUUUAUUCAUAAAAAGUCACCAAUGAAGAAUUUUGCUUCAAAUAAUGAUAAUCUUGAAACGACAUUCGAAGCAUUAUUAAAAGACUUAAAAAAGUAACAAGAUUUACAUAAUUGCACAUACAAUUAACGAUUCUAAA